AGAAACAAUCUCACAAACACUUGGCGCGCGUAUCCCGAUGGAACACCCAAACACGAUUACACUCUCAAACCUCCUUCAACUCUCUCGUCCUUUCACCGCCUCCGCUUCUCUCCCAUUUCUAUCCACACACCCUCCUCCACAAUCUCACACCCCCACCACCGACCACCGCAUCCUCACCACCCUCAACCGCCCUACCAUCAUCCUCGGUACCCUAACCCUACCCAACCACUCACCUCCCUACCAUUUCCCUUGCUCCUGCUUCAAAUUCUCCGACGCCUCCGCCACUGUCUGCUGUGACAUCCUCUCCUUCCGCCUCGCCGCUGUCGGUAAACAAAUCCGCAUAACAGCAUGGAAUUUCAUCCCAUUCAAAAACCCUGGAAACAAUGGAAGCAAUACCGGCUUCUUGGAGAUUAUCAAAUGGUGUUUUUUCAAUCCCAACGACGAAUCAAAUCUUGUGGAUUCGCUUCCUGUUACUCCGAAUUUACCGGGGAGUAAUAGCAUUGCUGGUGGUAAGUAUUUUAGGGGUGUUCAUGGAGUUGUGGAGUCAGUUACUCCUAUUUCAACUGUCCCGUGCAUCACACCUGCGAGUAGCGCGAAACUGGAAUACAAUUUGAAUUUGGGUUCUAGGGUUAACACAUUAGGGUUUUUAGUACAAUUGUUGUGUUGUGAGUGUAGAUUAUGUAGUUCUAAGGAUUUAGUAAACAAUUUGAGGAAUGGUUCUUUCAAAAUUGAUAAUAUGAAUGGUCAUUCUUUUACCAAAAUGGAGAUUUUGUAUUUUUGUGGCAAUGCAUCGACGUUUCAACCUGUGAUGACGAAGCUGAUUGGUAAUCGUGUUGUUGUUUCGGGUUUGAAGAAGAAAUUGGUUUAUAUAAAUAAGGAGGAGUCUUGUUUGAUGUAUUUGACUUUGGAGGAGACGGUUUUGCAUGUUUGUCCGCGUUUGGAGAAAUUGAGGCCGAGAUUGAAGAGUGAGAUUAAGGGAAAGGGUGAGUGUGGUUGUUAUACUGGUGUAAUUAGAGGUGUUUACAUGAAAGGGAUGGCUUUGGAGUUGGAUAAUGAUGUGUGGCUUCUUUUAACCGAUCAACUACAUACUUUGAUGCAUGGUUUACGAGUUGGCUCCAUUAUAUCUGUGAGAAAUGUUCAUUUUGUGAAUCCGAAGUUUUCGUGGACUAAAGUUGUUAUUCUUGGGGCAUGCGUCAAGACUAGCAUUAUCGUGGAAUCGUUCUCCCCACUGGAAACUGUGUGUAAUGUAGUUUUGCAGUCUACAAGUAUGCUAGAAAAGUUCAUUCAGUCAUUACCAUUUUCAGCAAGACUCUGGGUAUUACUUCUCAUUUCAAACUUCCGUAAAAAGUUUGCUGGUAGCUUAUCUGACAAGGAGAUUUUGGGAUCAAAACAUAAUGAAGGGCUAGCUCAGAUGUAUGCCAGUUCGCUCUUCCCUACUUCAGUAUUUCAAACUGAGCGUGGUGCUUUCAUGGGGCUGUGUAGACAUGACUUUAAUGGCUGCGGUAGAGAAAUGCAUUGCGGUUUCCUGAAAUUGGUAGUAACAAUGUCUAUCUUCAUCCAUCACUGUAUAAACACAUUACAAAGAAUGCUAAAGUCAGAAAGUCCAUGUAAAUUAUUGUCUGUUGGCAAUCAUUUCAGUAUUUUACCGCGUCAAGCCAGAUAUAAUAGUAGAUCAGGUAGAAAGAUCAUUUCAAGUGAAGACGUAGGCGUUGUUUUGCAUGGAUAUCUAAAGAUUGAUCCAUUGACUAGAAGACUACAACUGAUUGAUGCUACUGGUGGCAUUGAUGUUCUUAUACCAGACCUUCCCUUGACUUGGAAUUCCAAUGACAUAUUUGAGGUGACAAACUAUGAUGUUAUUAUGGAUGGCAUAGACGAACUUGUGGAUCAGUUGGAAUUUAGUGAAUCAUUAUCAUGCAGAAUGAUCUUUAAUUGUACCAAAGUGGGAAGACGAUUUAGCACAUCGAUUACUGUUUACUGUCUUUGGAAGAAUGUUAGAUGCAGAAAAUCUCCUCUUUACCCUUGUAUCAAUAGUAAGAAUGAAGCUAAGAUGCUUGAAUCUGGAUCCUACCAUUUUCUUAGAGUGUCUCACAAAUUUCCUUUGCAAGAAAAGUAUUCUAAUAAUGUUAGUUCCAACAAGUCAAGUACUUUUGUUGAAGCUAUACUGUUGCCUUACAUUUUAUUGCUGGAUGGGAAGGAGGAAAUUUUACAUCCAGGCAAUGUUUAUGGGGACAAGGCAAUAGAACUUUCAAAAUCUUGUUUCAGUGAUAAUAAUGAAGAGCGAGUUUCCUCCAAGAGGCAGAAACUUAUUAAGAAAUCAGUAAAUACAUCCAAGGAUGAGUUUCACACAUCUGUUUAUGAGCUGAAUGCUUGCUCUAAUACUUUUAAGGAAUCAAAAGAGAACAAAAAAUUGGAAGAUUUGAGUUCUGCUGAUAUAUUGUGUACGGUUACUUUUAGAGGCCUCGAAAAUGAGGAUGUGGUUCACCAGGCUCUGUUGCGCUCUACAUCACGUAGUAAAGAUACGUGUUUUAAUUCAAAACCUAAUGCAAGGAAAAUUUUGCUUGAGUUCUCAUCUGAUAGUUUUUUAAAGUAUCAGUUGUUGCAUAUUGGUGGUUAUUACAUCAUAGAACAUAAUGCAAAAGAUUGCUUCAGUGCCACAAAUGAUGCUGCUUUUGGCAGCAGUGGUACUGCUAAUUUUCUUAUUGACUCUGGAAAACAUAUAUGGAGCCUUGCUUUUAUUUCUGAUGAUGCCAUUGAUGGGGUUCGACCUAAAGUUCAAAUUCAACAGCAACUGCUGAGUUCCAAUGAUGAUUCUUCGAGUGUCUGUUCGGAUGUUUGUCUUUAUCUACCUGUCAACCUUACAGGUCUCCUGGAAGAUAAUGUAACAGAAUCAGAAGAUGGUCAAAUUCAAAAAUUUGAAACAUCAGAACUGAGUGCUAAUAUUUGUUUCAACAUUGGGACUGUAGUGGCUUGGCCUAAUUUUUGUUCUGAACCUCAGAGUUCAAACUUCGUGUUUCCUGAGGGCAAGUUGAUUUCUCUCAAGGGAAAUGUAGUUGGCAUUCAUGACAUCAGCUCCGGUUUCUGCAAUUCAUGCUCAAGUGGGGCAAGCCUUGAUGCUCUUCAAAUGAAAGGCCUUGUUGGGGCUAAAGGAAGUUUCUGUAUUCAUGUUUUAGUGCAUCAUAAUGUUGUAAAUAUUUUUGGUUCUAUAAGUAAACAUGCUUUUCCGACUGGUUUCGGACCUGGUGUAACUGCAACAUUUCAUCGGAUCCUUGAUGCAAGGGCCCAAAAGUUUAUGUUGCUUCCUGUGUCAUUCAUCGAAAUAAAUUCGAUAGAAGUAUAUGAUAAACCAUGCAGUAACAGAUUACACACUUUAAGGCCUCUAAAAGAUGCAUAUAGCGUGUCUCAGGAUUCUUUCCCCUGUUUGAUUUCCCAGUUGCCUCAGUGCCCGAGUCAAAAGCAAAUAGUGCUUCGAUGCAGGGUUGUUGCCGUUAUUGUUUUAGUUCUAGAGAGGAAGACUACGAAUUUAUAUACAAAAGCAAAAAUGAAUUCUAAAGGGAUUCUUUUGGACAUUCCACUUGUUUGUUUUUUGUUGGAUGAUGGGUCAUCAUCAUGUUAUUGCUGGGCUAAUGCUGAGAGGGCAGCAACCUUAUUAAGACUUCAACAUGAACCCACUACAUCUUGUCAUCUUGCCAGAAUUUUGAAGAAGUACAAGAGAAUUACUGUGAAAAACCGUGGAUCGCUGAUUAAUUUUCCAUACCAAGAUCUUGCUGUUUCUGGUGCUUCUUGUGAUGCUCUUAACCCUUCCGACGAAAGCCUCAUGAAGUACAUAAUCUUCAAUGCAUGUGUAGGAAGAACAUGGAAUGUAGUUGCUAGUGUGAUGGAUUCAGAGGAAGUUGCACAGUUGAAGAAUGAAUACCUUACACAUAUGGUGAACAUGAAACCCAUGCAGAACAUAUGGGCUAAAGAAGUCUCGUGCUCACGCGGUCUGGCUGAGGCAAGAAAUAUGCUUCGAGAACUUUUGAAAAGUUAGUUCCUAUGAUCAAAUUGUGAAGGACCAUAUCAGAUUCUACAUUGACUAGGUGAAUAAAUUAUAUACCAAUUUAUAGUUGGAAAAACUAUCAAAAGUAGCAUCUUGUAAAUGAGGCACCAUCUGAUGUAUCUGAAGUUCUGACUAUUGUGUCUAUAAUUUUGUGAAUUCAGAUUCAACUAUAACUAACAUUUAUAAUUAGGAUAUGCAAAUCAUAUAGAACAUGGGUUAUUAGUGUUAUUAGUUAUUUGAUUAUGACUUUCCUCUCUAAUAUUAUUGGCUAUAAUGAAAUGAA